AUGCGGCUUGAGAUUGCUCGUGCUGGCGCGCUAGCAGUGCUUCGAGCUUUUGCGUUUGCUUGGCCUUGCAGCACUGCAAGCUGCAGUGCUUCGGCGCUUGCUUGGGCUUCUUCCUACUUGGAUGUUCCAGCCCUUGCGCUCUCAGGGCUGGCGCAGGUUGAGGUUCAAUUCAAUGCGCAGUUUUGCUUUACCAUUUGCUUUACUGGCUGGCUUCGCAGACGCUUGCCUUGCAGCACCGGCAGCGUCACAACUUCCCAGCGCUUGGCUUUUAAUUCUGGCGGGCGUUGGGAAUUGAUGUAA